CAGCCUUCUGUAGGAGAAGCGGGCCCGGCUCUCCUGUGUCAGCCGGACCAGCCAGUACGGUUAUAGGCGGCUCACCAAGUCCCUAACCGGAGCGACGUAAAUCUGGGUGUGGCGCGCGUGAUCUCAACGGCGAGGGGACACCAGGGUCGGGGGGGAGAGAGGGCUCCGGCGCGGAGGGGAGCGAAUAAAGCGCCGCAACCGGAAGCGGCUUGGAAGAGACGUCGUACCCGGAAGUGUGGCAAGACGGACGCCGCACCCGGAAGUGUGAUGCUACCGCGGCUCGAGAAGUGAUGGUACCCGGCCAAUUGAGAUACGGGGUUAAAACAGGGAUGUGCAGAUGGAGGCUGGAGGAGACACUUCUGCCCCAGUCCCUGGGGACGUGGAGGACUUGGAGGACUCUCGGUUUCCCAGUGAAGUGGCAGGAGACGGAGAGCUUCACGAAGACCCACCGGAUCCCGGAGACGGGGACCUGGAGGAAACAGAAUCUGAGACGAAGGACCAGCCACCCGGCGUGCUGUCACCACUACCCCAGUCAGAGGCCCCAUCAUGCCCCUGUGGGCUCUGGGAUCCUGCGGUCUCUGAGACAAGUCCCACAGGUGGUCCUGAGAGUGGCUCUGGGGCCCAGGGCGGGGACCCCAGUGACGAGGACUGGCGCAGCAAGCGGAAGCACGUGUUCGUGCUGAGCGAGGCAGGCAAGCCCAUCUACUCGAGGUACGGCAGUGUGGAGGCACUGUCGACCACCAUGGGCGUGAUGACAGCCCUCGUGUCCUUCGUGCAGAGUGCGGGAGAUGCCAUCCGUGCCAUCUAUGCCGAGGACCACAAGCUGGUGUUCCUACAGCAGGGCCCACUGCUGCUGGUGGCCGUGUCAAGGACUCCGCAGUCAGCAGCCCAGCUGCGGGGGGAGCUGCUGGCUGUGCACGCACAGAUCGUGAGCACGCUGACGCGUGCCAGCGUGGCCCGCAUCUUCGCACGCAAGCAGAACUACGACCUCCGCCGCCUCCUGGCCGGAUCCGAGCGCACGCUAGACCGGCUUCUGGACAGCGUGGAGCGGGACCCCGGUGCCCUGCUCCUGGGCGCUGUGCGCUGCGUGCCCCUGGCGCGCCCGCUGCGGGACGCGCUGGGCGCGCUACUGCGACGCUGCACGGCGCCCGGCCUGGCGCUGUCAGUGCUGGCGAUCGGAGGGCGACUGGUGACGGCAGCCCAGGAGCGGACUGUGCUGGCCGAGUGCCGCCUGGACCCAGCCGACCUGCAAUUGCUGCUCGACUGGGUGGGGGCCCCGGCCUUUGCGGCAGGAGAGGCAUGGGCACCUGUGUGCCUGCCCCGCUUCAACCCGGAUGGCUUCUUCUACGCCUACGUGGCUCGCCUGGAUGCCAUGCCCGUCUGCCUGCUGUUGCUUGGCACCGACCCCGAGGCCUUCCAUGACAUGGCUACCUGCCGGCGCCUGGUAGAGGAGGGCAUGCACACCCUCGGGGCCAUGCGUGUUCUCCGGGAGGCUGCCCGCUUCUCUAAUGCCCCAUCAAGCAGUGCGCCUGCCUACAGCGUGCAGGCUGUGGGGGCUCCGGGCCUCCGACACUUCCUCUAUAAGCCGCUGGAUAUCCCUGACCAUCACCGCCAACUGCCUCAGUUUACCAGCCCUGAGCUGGAGGCCCCGUACAGCAGGGAGGAGGAACGGCAGCGCCUGUCGGACCUGUACCACCGCCUGCACGCGCGCCUUCACAGCCCCUCCAGGCCCCUGCGCCUCAUCUACCACGUGGCCGAGAGGGAGACGCUGCUGGCCUGGGUGACUUCCAAAUUUGAACUCUAUACCUGCCUCAGCCCCCUGGUGACAAAGGCAGGUGCCAUCUUGGUAGUGACCAAACUCCUGCGCUGGGUGAAGAAAGAGGAGGACCGGCUCUUCAUCCGCUACCCACCCAAGUACUCCACACCCCCGGCAGCCCCCGCCGCCUCUGCGGACCAGCCUUCCCAUAACGGCUUGUUCACUGGACCUUGAGCAGCUGCUAGAUUGAGCAGCACUGGGAACCACCACCUUUAGCUUUACCUUCUGUCUCCACCCUGGAAAUGGGGCAAAGGAGGGGCAGGGGGGAGGCCGCCUUCCCGUGCACCUCCCCCUCUGGGGGAAAUCCUUGGGCCUCCCUCUGCCUCCCUCUCUCUCCCUCUGCCUCACCUCCUCUGCUUGGAUGAUGUUCUAGCCUCUGUGAGGGGCUGUCUCCUCUACCACACCCCCUGUCCUGCAUCAGGAGUCACCUCCUUGAUGGGCUCUCAGCCCUGAGGGUCCAGGGCUGGCCAAGGGCCCUAUGGGGGGCUCACAGAGGCUCUGGAAUUGGAAAUGCCAGCCUAAGGCUGGAACGAGCCUGGGGAUAUUUUAAAGAAAGAAGUAUACAUAAAAGACCUAAAACCAGUUCCCAGGAGGACAUUCCUUUGCCCUUCCCAUACUUCAUCCUUAUCUUGUCGGCAGUGGCCUCCAACCCUUCAGCUGCUGCUGCUGUCAGUGAGAAGGUAGCCGCCAGGGGCCUGCCUGUCCAUGUAUCCCAGGCAGAGCACCUGACUUUGCACAUGGCUGAGAGCCAGACUUUUUACCCAGGAGGUGCGCUCCGUUUCCCCGGCUCCUUGCAUCCCUCCGUGAAACGGAGGAAGCAUCGCCUAGGCGGUUUCGUGAGGCUUUGGAAACGGAAGGGGACUUGAACUCUUGUGUACCACCGCACAGCACAUGUAUAUGUGUCCCAGACUUUGACAGCCUGCACAACACGGCAACCCAGAGAGGGAAAGCCGUCCCCAAGGUGUGUGUGUGUGCACAGCACUCAUUCCUCAACCGAACUAAGACCCAGGUGUGCUCUAGUUGCGCCUGCGCUUCCCUCGGUGGGCCUCUGGGUGUACGCAUGCGCGCUGUCGGCACCUGGCUAGAGCUGAAACCUCAUUGCUCCUCUACCCGGGUCAACCGAUGGGCAGACACGCACUACACGCAUGCGCGCUGGAGCGCCUGUAACCCUCGCGUAGGUUGGGUUUUUUUUUUUUUUUUUUUUAACCAAUUGUCAUCCGAGUCACCCGCAAGCUCAAACCCCAACGUGGAAAACUGCGGGGAAGUUAGAGCCUUUGGAAAUGGAGCCGCUGGAAGUUGUGGAGGAGACCGAGGAGGCUGAAGGUAGGGAGGGCAGCAGGCCUCUCCCCACCAGGGCAGGAGGGAGGGAGGCUCUGUCCCCUAACAAUAACGAAGUAUUGAUAUUGGUACUAAGAAAGUAAAAACGUAAGCUUUCUAUAAAAAAAAAACUCUCCAUCAAAGGGGAGACAACUAACACGCAUAUUCUCAAUCUAGAUUAACUCCCGUCAACUUUGUUGGGUAUGUUGAUUUAAAUGUUUGGAAGAAACAAUAGACUAUAUAUUUCAAUAUGCAUCUCUUUAAACAAAAACAAAAAAAUGGAGGUGGAUGUUGUCUCAAAAAUCACCCAGCUGCCUCCGCACUGGAGAAAACCCACGGUAAUUCCCCAGUACCGUUUCACACCCAGCCCAGGUCCCAUUUCGUGUGGACUCUUAGGUCUUAAUGGAGAAUGGCCUCUCCCAUGGACAGCUGCUUUUCUCCGCAGCAUUUUGUCAGUUAUGAUAGACCACAUCCUAGGGAAAGGGGAAAUACUCCCUAGAGAUCAUCAGAAAUAGCAGUGUGGCCGGAAGAAGAAAAUCUCCCAAGAUAGUGAGCCGCCACUAUCCCACUAACAUUUUUUUGUUACAGACAUUUUCGGAAUACACACAAGUACCCAUCACUCUUGUUUCAAAAGUUGACUUUCUGCUCUCUGCUCUAUCGCUGCCCCCGUUUCUGCACACUCUUCAAACCGUUAUAUUAGUAACAUGUUGGAUUGCAUCUUUCCAGAUCUAUCUAUGCAGACAUCAUCAAUAAUUGUGACUGUUCACCUGUUUAUUGUUAUUUCUUUCUCUAGCACCUAAAACAAGGCCUGCCUGGCACAUAGUAGGCGCUCAGUAACUUUCUUUUUUGUAACAUAUGGAUAAUUAAUGACAGGAAGAGCUCUCUUAAAUAAGGGCUACACGUGGAGGGCCAGCUUUCUCAGCAAAGAACAGACAAAGAAAGCUGCAAGUAGAUCUCAUGUAUUGAGCACUUACUGUAGCCCUUAGGAUAAUAACAACUGCACUGAAAACUAUUUUAGCAUCAAGUUUUCAAAUUAGUCAAAAUUGAAGUUAUUAACUUCACCAGCAAGGGAGAAAAUUGAGAAGCAUAUCAAGUUAUCAUUCUAGCUCGUUGAAAAUGGCUUGAAAAAGAGAGACAUCUCGUAUUGAUUACUCGAUGGUGAAAUGGCCUGUCUCUUGCCACACUCAGAACUGACCAGUAAAGACUCUGCAGAAGCAGUUUGGAAGAAUAUGUUUAGCAUCUAAAAUACUAUCCCGUGUCUUUAGUCACUGUGCUCAGUAAUCAGAAUAUGCAGAUGUGUAGACCACAAAGGAUCAUUGGAGUGUAGUGGACGGACGUAAAACACGUGGAGCAAUCGGGAAUGGCUGGAUUUAGUAUGUCCAUGCAUAUCCUGGAAUGCUCGAGUGGUGGACGUUAUUUUAAGCAGUAGGGGAAAAGAUCCAAUUUCACUGAAUAUACUUAACAAUUGAUUUUAAAGGCAUAAGAUCAUGGUUUAUUGACACAGAAUGAGCUCCAACGGCAAUCAUAGUUUUAUGAGAGGAAAGCAAGUUGGGAUUUAAAAAAAAACAAAGGGACAGUGUCGACAAGAGCCCCUAUGUAUGUUGUGUACAGAACAGUGUCUGAAGCUAAAAGCCGAACUAAUGACUGUCAAUAAGGGACAGAAGUUUUUAGGAGUGUGGUGGAGGUAUUUUGUGAUAUUUUUUUUUUCUUUCAGGGAAAUGUAUUCUAUAAUUUUAAAAUAUAAGAGAAAGAGGGAAAUGUUUGAAUGGCAUCUGAGGAUCAUAUAUCAAUAUUAAGCAAUGUUGACAUCCUAGUUUUGAUGGUUAUACUGUGCUUACCUAUGGUUAGAGCCUCCUUGUAUCUAGGAAAUAUACACUGGAAUAUUACGGAAUAAUGGGCCAUGAUGCCUGCAAUUCAUGUUACAGAAAUGCUCACAAAUGGGAAAUCUGAUACAAAGGCAAAUAGGAGCAUUGGGGCCUUUUUCUACCACUUUUAUGUACAUCUGAAAUUAUUUCGAAAUAAAAUGUUAAAAGGGACUCAUGCUGUACAGGCCGUUUGAUAAUAUACAUUUCUAAAAUUUGUCAUCA